AUGUCAAAUCUACACAAUACUUCUACUACUUCGGAGGCUCUUACUAGCCUAGAUUUGAUUGAAGAGUUGACUCUACCUGAAAAUCCAACAAACGUUACACAAGACGAAUUUGAAAGGGCACGAUCCGACUCUAUUCCAGAGCUUAAUGAUGGGUUUUUGAUAAAUAUUAGUGAACACACGAAAUUGAUCCUACAAAAUUUGGAUGGUAAUAGGAGUGUAACUCGCACCAACAAAGAUAACAUCAAAAAAUCUCUUGACGAAAUUAAACGAAGUACGCAACAAUUGUACGACCAAGUAAAAACGAUAUUACGUCAUUCAAACUCAUCAGCCGAAAAUAAAACAGUUUCAUUAAUCAGGAACACUAUUAGGGAAGAGUUCUCUAAGUUAGCGGUACUACCACAAAAAAUUACCACUCAGCCACUGCAAGAUCUGGUCAAACCUUCUAUCAUUCCAUCAUCACUACCAUCCUACGCCAAAGUUGUUAAAUCGACAAAAUCUGCUGAGAAACAACCUAUACCGGUUACCAAGCCGGCCAUAAUAGUUAGCUCUAAACAGCAAGUCUCUUCCUCUAAAGAAACCGUAAACGCGUGGCGUAAUAGCAUUCAUUUCAAAAAAUACACCUUCAACCCCUCUGAAGUAAAGCUGGUGUCCAACCACAAAAUUAGGGUUGAGUUUGAUAAUCAAGAACAGCGUGACGAAAUCCUUAACGCCAUAAACCAUCCUGACAGCCUUGUUAACGCUGACAUAGCCAAGAAGCUCAAGCCUUUGGUAAUUCUAAAAGGCAUCUACAGGGACACACCUGUGAGUGAGCUUAAAGAAAUAAUUGUAAACCAAAAUCCAAAUAUAAAAAGCCUCAUUAAAUCACCCGACGACAUAACCUACCGAUUUACGCGAAAAAACAAAAACGAAAAUUUAUAUAACGCUGUGUUUAUGGUUACUCCCACAAUCUGGAGAUCAAUUGUGGAACUUCAAAGAAUAAACGUCGAUCACCAACGUGUACAUACUGAAGACUACCCAGCUUACCUCCAGUGCUAUAAGUGUAUGCAGUUUGGUCACACAAAGAAACACUGCACCGAAAAUACAACAAUUUGCUCCCAUUGCUCAUCAUCAGAACACUCGUAUAAAGACUGCCCGGUUAAAAAAGAUUCAACUAAAGUUGACUGCUAUAACUGUUCUUCGCAUUGUAACGUUCCUACAUAUGAAACGGUUACACAUAAAACCCAUCGCGAAUCUAUAAUUGACCUCACAAUGACAUCUGAUUCUCUAUCGAACAAAAUUUCCAACUGGAAAGUUGUACUAGACGCCGUCCCAUCAUCCAAUCAUAAUGCUAUCACUUUUGAUUUGUCUUUAAAUAACAACUUGUUAAGCAAACCAAAAAAACUUUCAACAUUUAAAUACAAUACUCAGAAUAUAAAAUGGGAUGAAAUUACAGAACAGUUUAAAUGCGAGUUAGCCAAAUAUUUAGACCUCAAUAUUAAUGUAGAUAAUUUAAGCACCUCCCAGUUAGAUAAAUAUAUUACAAAAUUAGUCACAGCAGUACAAAAGGUUAGCGACAAACUCUUUCCGAGAAAAUCGUCUAAAGUAACAAAUCGAGCACCUUGGUGGAAUGAUAAAUUAGAAAAUCUCAAGCAAAAAGUUAUAAAAAAUCACCACAAAAUUCAACAAAUGAAACGCAGUAAAAAACCGUUAACCGAAUUGUUGCUAGAAAAAGAAAACUUAAGAAAUGAAUAUGCUCAAGCAAUUAGAAUUGCUUCAACUGAGCAUUUCAGGGAGUUCUGCAAUAAGCAGGGAAAGGAGGAUGUAUGGAGUAUAACCAAUCGGUUACUUAAGACCACACCUUUGAAGCAGCCUCCCUCAACUCUUAAAACAAGAGCGGGUAAAUACAACAAAAACAACAUACGAAACUGCUGA